AUGUGGCUUCCCAAUGGCCAAUUCUAUGAUGCUCAAGUACUACAGACAGGAAGUAAGUUCCCUUUUUCUGCAAUUAUUGCUAAGUAAGGUACCUAUAAUCAAGAUCUUUAUGUAAAAGAAAUUUCUUGGGUCUCAUUUCAUCAAUCACACAUAUUUAACGGCAGUCUGUGAAAAUUACAUUCCCACCACAUCCCCUGAGAGAAAAAAUUACACAGUAUGUUUCACUAUCCAAAAGGCUCGUGUCACAUGACUCUCAUGAUGAAAAGAAAUUAUGAUUAUUCAAAUUCUACAUAGUCAAAUACUGUGUAUGUUAAAAAUUACUGACAGUGAAACUUAGAAAACCACGAACACCAGAAAUAAUUGUGGAACUGUAAGUUAUCAGUAAAAGAUCUGAAAUUACGCUUAGGUACAUAAAGUAGUGUUACCAGUCAGUUAUCUAACUGCAACAAAGUGCAAAUGUCCAUAUUUAUUAGUCGUAGAAUAAGCAAAUGUUAGUUUUACAAUAACAAUAUUUCCCUCAUUAAAUCCUUUUUGUAGCUGACAAGAAUGAGCUUAUGAAAGAGAGGAUGAAGUUGGAGAAAGCUAAAAAAAAUUGUCAAAAAAUCACAUCAGAAAAAGCACAAGAGCCAAAAGACCAACAUAAAAGAAAGAACCAAAAGGAUGGCGCAGGGCAGAAAAAGAAGAGAAAGUCAGAUGGUGAAACUCUGAAUGAUGGACACAAGGACCAAAAGGCGAAAGAGAGAAAAGAAAAGAGAAAAGAAAAGAAAAAGAAAAAAGUGGAGGAACAAACAAGGCAAAACUUGCUUCAGGAAGCUAGGAAAAAGCAAGCGGCUGAGAGAUGGUCUUCCACUUCCCCAGAUCAAAGUGCCAGCUUUGUACCAGUGCCGAUUCACCGAGGAAAUGAUUCUUCUACACAGCUGCCUUCUACAUGUUCUUCAGCACCAUCACGUGCAGUUCAGCAAACAAACCAACUGUCAGCUCAUCCACCCAGGACAGCACAAUACACAACACCAACUCCAUUUACAACACUCAGCACACAAUACCUACUCAACGCACAUCACCCACUCAGCACACAACUCCUACUCGACACACAACACCUGCUCAGCACACAACAGCAGUUCAACACACAACACCCGCUCAACAUGCAACACCCGCUCAGCACACAACACCAGCUGAACGUACAACGCCAACUCCACGCACAACACCCUCUCCGCAAACAACACCAGGUCAAUGCACAAAUAAAACUCCGGCUGGAAGAAAGCAAGCAGUAACGUCAAAGCAAUCAAAAUCUACUGCUGAUCCAAGAAGAGGCAUUCAUUUUCAAAGUGUGGAUGUUGAUAGCAGCGAUGAUGAAAUAAGUGAGGAAGAUGAGGAUUGCAGUAGUCUGGCUUAUGAAGGUGGCUCUAGUGGCAGUUGCUGCAAGGAGCAAAAAAUGGAAAUUGAGGCCUUGCGAAAGCGACUAGAAAAAGUACACAGGAGGCUUAACAUUGCACGUAAGUCAAGUUUCUGUAUGAAAGUGCAAACUGUUGAACAUAAGCAAAAUUCUGGAUCUUAUAUUGCAAAAUGUGUGAGCAACUGGCUGUUAAAAUGCAUUAUUAUGUUGUAUUAUGAAGAAGGACCUCUACUGAAUUUUGAUCAUGUAUCUGUAUCUUAUUGAUUAAUUGAAGUAAUUCUUUUUUAUUGUCUUGCAGUGAAGGCAAAGACCGUAGAGGAAGUUAUAAAGAACAGACCAGCUGCUGGUGUUCUUGACAGGGCACUUGCUGAAGAAUACAAGGUAAUUAUCAUGGCUUUUUUGUCUUGCAUAUAGUCUAGAUGCAACCUUUUUAAUACAUGAGAAGCAAUGAUUCUUUGUGACAUGUUCCAACAGCUAUUAAUAAGGCCAAAAAGAGAGGUAGAAGUGAAAUAUGAUUACAUCAAUGUUGGAUUGUUUUUGUUUUACAGAUGAUAGAAGUAAUGGAGGGAGCAGGUGUCUUCUGGUAUUCACACCAGAGGGCAUAUUGCUCGGCAUUUAAAAGCUGGACGGCCUAUAUCAAUGCAGCGAUUGAUAUGUUCUUCACCAAGGAGACCCUUGCUGCAUCUUGUGCAAUGGGGAACGAGAGAAAGAGUAAAAAUGGAGCGGGCCAUCAGCCUUUAAAUCCUGUCAUCACCCAGUCCCUUAUUGGUAAGUUUCAUUGUAUUAUAUUAUAAAUUAAACAAGAUACUGUGCCUGUGCUGAUUGGUUAAUUGAAGAUAUUUAAUAUAACUUUCUGGAAAGAUAUAUCAUUUUCUUAGCAUAUAUUUUCCUUCCUAAUUUCCAUAAUGUUUUAGAAACACUCAUCAGAGUUUGGGGAAACUCAAUCUUGAGUAAAGAGGAAACGUUUUUGUUGUGAAAAAAGACAUUAAUUAUUUCUCAUGCUAGUUAACAUGCAAGACUCAUUCGGGGAUGAAAGGUUUUUGCACUAGGCAUUGUUUUGGAAGCAAGGAAGUUUGGAACUUAAAAAUGCCUGUUGAUAGUAUAUAUUAAUUUUCACUGGUAAAAGUGAAUGAUUUUUAUUAAUUUUGGUACCUUCUACACUAAAGCAAUAAAUGAAUGGAAGUCGAAUUGCUUCAAAUUGUCCAUUUUCACGCAUUGUUUUUUAAAAUGUGGUGCGUAGUGGGCCAAAAUACAUCUGAAAUCACUUGGCCUUUUAAAAAAAAUUGUGAACAGUGAAAUUAUCCCUUUUAAAAAAGCAAAUAAUAUCAAUGACCUCUCUUUUUUUUAGGUAAAGUCUGCUCUAAAUUCCCAAGAGAUGGGCCAAAACCCAGAAGUAGUGCAAAAAAUUAA